CACACUCCUCCUCGCCUUUUCCCGAGGAGCAGCAGCAGCAGCCGCCGCCGUCGCGCACGCAGGAGCUGCCGCAAUGACAGCCGGUGCAGCAGCUGGGCAGCGGCCGCCGGCGUGAAGGGGGGGAGACCCGUGGGCGCCAUUCCAAGAUGAACGCCUCCCUGGAUGGCAGCAGCCCUCCCGGCAACGGGAGCGGCGGCGGCGGUGACAGCGGCGGGAGGCCCUUCUGCCUGCUGGCAUCCGGCUACCCGGACAACCUGGACGUCUGCCUGCUGGAGGUGAUCAUCAUCGUCUUCCUCACCGUCCUCAUCAUCUCGGGCAACCUGGUGGUCAUCUUCGUCUUCCACUGCGCCCCGCUGCUGAACCACCACACCACCAGCUACUUCAUCCAGACCAUGGCCUACGCCGACCUGCUGGUGGGCGUCAGCUGCCUGGUGCCCUCCCUCUCCCUGCUCCACCACCCGGUGGCCUUCCUGCCGGAGUCGCUGGUCUGCAAAGUCUUCGGCUACGUGGUCUCGGUGCUGAAGAGCGUCUCCAUGACCUCGCUGGCCUGCAUCAGCCUGGACCGCUACAUCGCCAUCACCAAGCCCCUCACCUACAGCACGCUGGUCACCCCCUGCCGCCUGCGCACCUGCAUCCUGCUGCUCUGGCUCUACUCGGGCGCCGUCUUCCUGCCCGCCUUCUUCGAGUGGGGGAAGCCCGGCUACCACGGGGACAUCUUCCAGUGGUGCGCCGACUUCUGGGACACCCGAGCCGUCUUCACCCUCUUCAUCGUGGUCAUGCUGUACGCGCCGGCCGCCUUGGUGGUCUGCUUCACCUACUUCAGCAUCUUCCGCAUCUGCCAGCAGCACACCCGGGAGAUCAACGAGAGGCGGGUGCGCUUCAGCUCCCAGGAAGGGGAGGCAUCCGAGGGGCAGCCGUGCCCCGACAAGCGCUACGCCAUGGUCCUCCUGCGCAUCACCAGCGUCUUCUACAUCCUCUGGCUCCCCUACAUUGUCUACUUCCUCUUGGAGAGCUCCUCGGUUUAUCACAACCGCCUGGCCGCCUUCCUGACCACUUGGUUGGCCAUCAGCAAUAGCUUCUGCAACUGUAUCAUCUACAGCUUGUCCAACAGUGUCUUUCAGAAAGGGUUGAAGCACCUCUCGGGUGCCCUUUGCACGCCUUGCGCCCGGCACCGGGCGGCCAAGGACUCCUCCGCCUCUCGCAGCAAAAGACCUUCCAACGGGUGUCAUGCCUGACGGGGGGGGGCUGGCUUGCUUUCUCUCCCCCACCUCCCACUCCCCUCUCCCCGAACUCAGGACCUCCAGAUGUGCAAAAAGAAAUACGCUACUGAUCUCAAAAGGAUUUCCACCAGCACGUGGGGCAGCUGCCGGGUUUCUGGGUUCCAAGUCCCCGGUGCGAAGCAGGAAACAGUCCACUUUGACCGGGAGGGGAGGGGAGGGAGGGUCUUUCCCUCUUUUUCUUGGAGUGACUCAACGGAUGGUCUCCAGUGCCGGCCAAAAGACCCUCCAGUUGUUCCUCGCCUCUUCGCCCUGAUGUUUGGAGAUCUGUGCUCUUUUGUCUCAAGUGCAGGAGUGUGGUUUAAAUAGUGUAUUCUCUUUGAUUUGUUUCGUGCAAAUGCCAAAGUAUGUUUCAAAAAUCUUAUGGGUCCAAAUAACGAUUGUCCCCCUCCAACCCCUCACUCCCACCCACCCACCCACCCACCCACCCCACUCGCCUCGCCCAUAGCCAAUAAUUCCAGCGUCCUCUUUUCUCCUCUUAGGGUUUUUUAUAACCGUGGUUAUUCCUCUUCUCUCCCCCCCCAUCCCUUUUAGGGGUUUCCUCCUACCUACCCCCACCCUCCCCUCUGUCUCACCAGGUUGUUCAUUUGUGAUUUAAAAGUACCGUAUUUACAUUUUUCUUAAAAAAAAAAAAGAAAAAAAAAGAAUUUUUUUUGAAACGUCUGUGUAGUUAAAUGAAUGACUUCGGAGCAGACCAAAAUUAGCAACUGAAUAAAAGUGUUUCCUUUUUUUUUUUUCCUCCCCUCUCCUCCCUCUGUUUAUUUAUUUAUUUAUUGAAGCCUGCGAGGGAGAAAAAAAAAUAUUUAUUUUCUCCUUUUCCUUGUUUUCAAUUUUGUAAGGCAGCUGCUUGGGCAUGGAGUCAUUCGUUCCUAGGGACGGCUUGGCUUGUUUUGGCUUGUUUUGAGGCAGUUUCUCAAAACAAAUUUCUCUUUCGAUAUAUAUAUAUAUAUUUCUAAGUUCCUGAUCGCUGUGAUAAGGAAAGCAAAAAAACCCCAAAACUUUGGGAAAAACCGAGUUAAGGCGAUGUUUACGGUUGGGAUCGUGACUGAAAACCCCGAAAGUUUUGAAAUCUGUUGAAAAAAGGCUUCUCGGUUUUGAUAACGGUGAAAUGCAAAAUUGUGCGUUUGGGUGUGUUUGGGUGUACUUACCUAUCCAUUUUAAGAAAGCAGCCAGGUAUUCAAUCUUGAUUCAAAUUCUACUAGGAUACAUCUGAGGCACUGCCUGCAUUGGGGUGGAAAAAAAAAUACGUUUUUUUGUAUUCAGGCUACAUUGCUGAGGUUAAUCAACCAACCAAGCCAUCUCUGCAAAAUACCCACUUUUGAUCUAGAGAGAAACUGGCCCAAUUUCUCACUAGAUUUGAGGCUGCUGAGAGUUGCCAGAUGCCAGUAACUACAAGCUACAAGCUAAGAAAACUACAAAGGGGGAAGCCGGCUGCUAGUCCGUAAGUUUAAUAUGGAACUGCUAGGAACAGGAGCAGUCUACCUCCGAAUACCAAUUGCUGCAGGGGAUUGGUUGUCACGCCCCCCCGAGAAGAGUGGCUUUUCUUCGCCUGCCCAUUGUUAAGAAACGGGAUGCAGUGCCAAACGGGAGUUUUAAUUUAAACAAGUCUUCCUUUUUCUUUUUUCUUGUUCCCUUAUUUUUUUUAAAACUUGCCAUUUUAAAGGCCAAUCCUGGAAGUUCAGCUUGCCAAGCAAACUUUAACCUCGCCUCUUUCUCCGUCUCCCCCCACCCCCACCCCCCAAAUCUGCGGACCGGCCACUGAGAUCUGGCUAGGUCUUUUUUCUUUCUUUCCCCAAACAGAUCCCCAGUGCAUGUUUUAAUUACUUGCUUCCCGAUGACCGAGCUUUAAAUCGCAGGAUAAGCUUGUCUCUCUUGGUCGCUGCUUGAACGAACGGAGGAGCUUGCGUCUGUGUGAGAUGAGCAUUUGCCCGUUUAUCCCCAAGAAGGAAGGGGAAUUUAUUAUUAUUAUUAUUUAUUAAAUUUGUAUACUGCCCUUCUCCCGAAGGACUCAGGGCGGUUUGCGUUGGGCAAGGGGAAGAAACUUUAACAUGGCUGCGAAGACCUUUCAAAACUACACAUAAUGGCCAGGUUCAUACAACUUCUUUAGUUCAAGCUAAAAACAGGAGAGAAAACGCAUGGCCAUUCUCUGCCGUUGCCUCUUGCCUUAACCUUGUUUGUCUGGGUCUUGCCUGUUAUGGGAACCCUUCAUAAGUGUCAUUUUUAAAAAAAACGUUAAAAUUUUAGAGACUUGGCACGGGUCCAGGGCUGUGCUUGGAUCCAAACACCGUAAAUGAGGCUCGGGGACUAAGACGCUGAGCUUUGUCGAUCAGAAAGGUCGGCAGUUCCACGGUUCAAAUCCCUAGUACAGAUCUUCUGUGAGAGCAGGGGGGUUGGGCUAGAUGACUUCCAAGGUCCCUUCCAACUCUUGUUACUGAUCCCCUUCGCUCUCCUGGCUGCCCUGGGGAGCAGAGAAGAGACACUCUAUGUGUGUAUGUGUGUGUGUGUCCCAAAAUCUCUCCGCACACCUUUGGCAGAGGCUGAUGUUUCGGGUUUGGGGGCCUGCCUUAAUAUUGAUGUACGAUUUAUUUGAUCAAAUCCAGAGAGCGCCCAUCUUGCUCGCAGAGCGAUUCCAAGAAAUAAGCCAAAGAGCCCCGAUUUUU